GCCAUGUUGUAGUGAAAUUAAUAGCACAUAAUGGUGGUUGUUGUUGUUGUUUUUUCACACCGCCUCAAUUAAGUUGUUUUUUGAUGAAUUAGAAAGAUAAUGGGCAUUUAUAGAUUAUUAUUAGAAAAACAAAAGUGAAAUUAAUAGUGCAUAAUGUUAACAUUUAGAUAUUGUUUAUUUAUUGUCUGUUUUAUAAUAUUUAGUUCAUGUUUUACAUUAGUUUUAAGUUCGAACGGGGAUAGGACUUCAUUCUUCAACAAUUGCAUCCGCAACUGUGAGAGACAAAAUUGUUCUGCUGAUGGUUUGGAGAUCCAAGAACAGGCAGUGAAGUACUACCAACAAAGUUUCUUUGACAAACUUCUGCAAUGGACCUGUGCCGAUGAGUGCCAGUAUGGUUGUAUGUGGCGUACGGUAGAAGCAUUCCAGGAUAGGAAUUGGCCGGUGCCACAGUUUUAUGGAAAAUGGCCAUUUGUUCGUAUAUUUGGUCUCCAAGAACCAGCUUCGGUGCUGUUUUCAUUCUUCAAUUUGGUGGCACAUUUUCGUUGGCUUCGGAAAUUUCGCCGACAAGUAAGGCCAGAUAGUCCGUGCUAUAAAAUCUGGCAUCUGUUUUCAGCGGUUGCCAUAAAUGCCUGGAUAUGGUCCAUCGUUUUUCAUGCACGCGACAAUCCGCUAACUGAAUUGCUGGACUAUUCUUUUGCCUAUUCCAUGGUCCUUAUGACACUUUACUGUAUGGUUAUGAGAAUGUUAUACAAACAUUCAUGGCCAAUAAAGACUUUUAUAUCGCUGGCAUUUUUAUCAUUUUACAUUAAUUAUUUUGCCUACAUAACAAUGGGACGAUUUAGUUAUUCGCUGAAUAUGACAACAAAUAUUAUUACGGGUAUCCUUAGUGCACUGGGUUGGUUCCUUUGGUCAUUUCGUGUACGCAAACAGCGACCAUAUUAUCGCAAAAUUUUAGCCUUCUAUUUGCUGCUAGGCAUGAGUAUGAGUCUGGAGCUUUUAGAUUUCCCUCCGAUAUUUUGGAUAUUAGAUGCUCAUGCCUUGUGGCAUUUAUCUACGGUGUUCAUUAUGAAUCCCUUGUAUAGUUUUGCCAUUGAUGAUUGCAGACUUUUGCGUACGGAAAAGUACUAUGAAUUAGUUGGUUUUGAUAAAGACAUUUGAGAACCAAAGAAACAAAACAAAAAGAUAAUGUGAAACUAAUAGGAACAAAAAUAUUACAGUCGAGAUAUAUAUAGAUUAAAUAACUAGUCAAAUAAUAAAGUUUUAUUACAACUCUUUUUUUUUCCUCAUCAUCCUAAAAAAAUAUGUAAAUAUUUUUAUGUACCUGAUUUGAAAAGUGUUCGCUUUGAAAAUGUUACAUUCUAGACAACUUUUGAGAUAUAGCUUAGUGUUGUAUGGAGAUUUUCAUUAAAGUACGCCCCAUACUGAUUCAUGCAUUCUGAACGCAAAGUUUCUGCAAAUUAAAUAUUUGAUUUAAAACGCAAAAACAAGUUACUGCCUGAAUGAGUAAUCUCAAGAUAUAAGUAGUAACUAUAGUUUUAUUGCCAAGUUUUAGUUUAAUUCGCCAUCGACAUUUUUUAUAUACCUAUAUACAUUUUUAUAUGUAAAACAAAGAAAACAACUAAUUAAAGAUUUUUGUUUAUUCUUUUUAUUAAA